UCUACUUCUUCUAGAAAAGUCUGCUUUUUCUUUUACAGUUGCAGCAUUUGCACAAAGAAACAGAACAGACACUUCAUUGUGCCAGCAUCACGUUUUAAGCUGCUGAAGGGUGCUGACAAUUUGACAACAUACACCUUCAACACACACCGUGCCCAGCACACGUUCUGCAAGACCUGUGGUGUUCAGAGCUUUUAUACUCCUCGUUCUAACCCUGAUGGUUAUGGAAUAGCUCCCCACUGUCUGGAUGAUGGCACUGUGCAGACCAUUAUCACAGAGGAUAUCAAUGGCAAGGAAUGGGAGAAAGCAGUGAAGGAACAUAAAACCAUCAGAGACAUGUCGAAACCCUGACACACCCUUCUAGCAGCCUUGGGAGCACUGCCAUGGAACUGCAGUCUGGGGUUCCCUGGGUGAUGGUUGGUGAAAUCAAUCUCUACAUUACUGUAACCUGUUCUCUGUUUCUUAAAUAAAUCUAUGUUGAUUGUCUCA